CGGAGGGAAUACUAUGCUAACUCGCAUAUAAAUAUCUUGACAGGCCAGUAUGUCGGCCACGGGUGCAGUGCGGACGAGCGUAAAGACCUAGUAGCAUGGCGUCCAUGGCAGCGCUGCUGGCCCUGUUCCCUCGCGGCGUUCGCAAUGAGCGGCGGCGUCCAGGCACAGCCGCUUUUGCCGGCGGUCAUCUCCUUCGGCGACUCGACCGUCGACGUCGGCAACAACAACUACCUCCCCCGCGCGGUGUUCAAGGCCAACUACGCGCCGUACGGGGAGAGCUUCGCAGGCCACGAGCCCACCGGCCGGUUCUCCGACGGCAAGAUCGUCACCGACAUCACCGCUGACACGCUGGGCUUCGAGAGCUACGCGCCGCCGUACCUCAGCCCGCAGGCGUCGGGGAAGAACCUGCUCAUCGGCGCCAACUUCGCCUCGGCGGCGUCCAGCUACCACGACGACACGGCGGCCAUGUAUGACGCGAUCACGCUGACCCAGCAGCUCGAGUACUACAAGGAGUACCAGUCCAAGCUGACCGCGGUGGCCGGGCGCGGCACGGCGCGCUCCAUCCUCUCCGGCGCGCUGUACGUCGUCAGCACCGGCACCGGCGACUUCCUCCAGAACUACUACCACAACGCCUCCCUGUCCCGCCGCUACAACGUCCCCCGGUACUGCGACCUCCUCAUCGGCAUCUUCUCCGACUUGGCCGAGAAGUUGUAUAAGCUGGGGGCGCGGCGGAUCGGCGUCACGUCCAUGCCGCCACUGGGGUGCUUCCCGGCGUCCAUCAGGCUGUACGGCAAGGGCCGCAGCGCGUGCGUGGCUAGGCUCAACCGCGACGCCGACACCUUCAACAGGAAGCUGAACGCCACCGUCAAGGUGCUCAAGGGGCGGCACGCCGACCUCAAGAUAGCCAUCUUCGAUAUCUACACGCCCCUCCGGAAGCUUGCCGAAGCGCCGGUGGAGCAAGGCUUCGCUAACGCGAGGGGGACGUGCUGCCGGACGGGCACGGCGAAGACGAGGGUGUACCUCUGCAACCCCACGACAGCCGGGACGUGCCGGAACGCCAGCAGCUACGUUUUCUUCGAUGGCGUCCACCCGUCGGAGGCUGCCAACGUCUUUAUGGCGGAGUCCAUGGUCGAAGCCGGCAUCGACCUGGUCACCUAGUAAUGGCGUCAAUAAACAAGAGCGCUAUAUAGCAGCUGCAGGUGCUGCAAAACAAGGCAGGCCAUAUCCAUGCAUGUGUUGCUGCUUAUCGGUUUCCUGUUCCGUCCGGGAAAAAACUGCAGUAUACUGUUAAUCUGUUAAAUAGCCUGUGCGGUUGCCCGAUCACUUUAGUAAUAUUGUUAUAUACAUUACAUGUUUUCCGAUCAUAUAUAAGUUUGUAUAUGUGUUA